AUGCGCUCCCGCUUGCCUCCUGGCCGCCCCGCUCACCUACCGCGCUGCUCGCCCGUGCCCAGCACCGCUGCCAGCCGCGCCCUCCGCCCGGCGCUGCUCCGUCCGCUGCACCUGCUGCUGUGUCCUGUGGCUGCCCGCCACUGCUUGCCGCCUCUGCCCCGCGCCACCAUGGUGCGCCCGCUCGCGUGCCCGCGCUCGGCCACUGCCUCGUCGUGGCUUCGCCACCCCUACCUACCCCUGAUGCUCGCCCGCUGCGGCCCCCCUGUGCUGCCGUCGCCGCCUGCUAGUGCCCCGGCCGCGCGCCCUUGCUCGACGCUCGCGUCGCCUGACCCGCGCCGCCCCCGCCCCGCACACGCCGGCUACCCCUGCCACUGUGCCCGCCUCUGCCCGCAACUCCCAGCGCCUCCCCUGCCGCUGCCCACCUCUGCAGCCGUCCGCGUGCAAUACGCCGGCCGCCGCCUCCGCCGCGGCCCCUCACUGGCCGCCGCCCGGGCUCGGCCUCCGCUCGGGCGCCAGCACGCCCCGACGCCCAUAACCGCAGCACCCAGCGCCCGCUUCCCCUAUGCCCGUUAA